GAAGUCCCGCAUUUGUACGUGACGGAAAAUACCCCCCAUUUUCUAUUUCCGUAUUUCCCUCCCUCUCCAUCUCUCUGUCUCCACUCUCCAUACCAGUUAGUUAUCAGUGGUCAGUCACUCUCACUCAUCUCUUCUUAACUCUCACUCCAUCCACUGCGAAUUCGGUACAUUACCAUUUCGAAGUUCUCAAAUUCCUUCGCGUCAACAACAAUCCAAUCAUUAACUGCACAAUGAGUUCUCAGCAGGACAAUGUCAAUCCAUUCGCUAACGGUUCAAGUGCUGCUGGUUCAAAGUUCCGUCUCCCUUCCUUUGGGUUUGGUCAAAAGACUGACGCUGUUGAUGUGUCGUGGGAAAGCAGGAAUGAUCAUAACAAAGAGAAAGAACUUGUUGAUUGGGAGGCAGAUCUUAAAAGGAGAGAGUUGGACAUUAAGCGGAGAGAAGAUGCUGUCACUUCAGCUGGUGUCCCUGUUGAUGAUAGAAAUUGGCCGCCUUUCUUCCCAGUCAUACACCAUGACAUAGCCAAUGAAAUACCUAUUCAUGCUCAAAAGUUGCAGUAUUUGGCAUUUGCAAGUUGGUUAGGCUUAGUUUUCUGUCUGUCAUACAAUAUAAUUGCAAUCAUCGUCUGUUGGAUUAAGGGAGGAGGUGUCAAAAUUUUUUUCCUUGCAUUGAUAUACGCUCUACUUGGUGUUCCCCUAUCAUAUGUUUUGUGGUAUCGACCACUUUAUCGUGCUAUGAGGACGGAUAGUGCUUUGAAGUUUGGCUGGUUUUUCUUGUUAUACCUGCUCCACAUUCUUUUUUGUAUCUUUGCUGCAAUUGCUCCCCCAAUUGUGUUUCAUGGACAGUCUUUCACGGGCAUCCUUGCAGCAAUUGAUGUAUUUCCUCAUAGUGUUCUAGUUGGGGUUUUUUACUUGGUUGGAUUUGCUUUCUUUUGUUUGGAAUCACUCCUGAGCUUUUGGGUUCUUCAGAAAGUUUACAUGUAUUUUCGGGGGCACAAGUAGAAUUGAUCAAGUACACAAGAGCUUCAGUUGGUUUGUAUUGCAACCUCUCUUACCCAUCAAAAUCUGCAAAGAGAACUCAGAUUUUGUAGGGCGUGCUAUUCUGAUAGAAAGCCUUUAGAUUUAGUUUGUGCAUACCAUGUAAAAAUGUGAGGGCUCUCUAUUUCCUUCAAUUCAUGUUGCAUUCCAUAGUGUGAUUUCUAUAGGACCAUAUUGCACUUCCCCUCACUUUAGGUUUCUGUUAGAUCAUUGUAAAAUGAAAAAUGAAGAAUCCAUGAUGUUUCGUGUGAGCCCUAAAUGUUUCGUACUGCUGCUAUUUAAUUUAGAAUCUGUGCA